GCGCGAGGAGCAGCGUCCCGCAGCCGCGCUUCCCCUCCCCUCCCCUGGGUCCCGCUGCUGCGGGGCGGGGCGGGAGCGGCCGGGGGAGCCGCGCUGCGGAAGGGCUCGUGCUGGCGCCGCUGCCCGCGCCGGGCUGCUCCCAGGUAAGGCGGGCGCGGGGCAGGUGCCUCGGCCUCGGGCUGGGGCAAGAGGCGCUAGUUAUUCGCCGUGUUUCUCCUCUCUUCUCAGCGAGGCGGCGGGUGCCACGGAGGAGCUCUGGUGACUCGCAAGUUGUGAAACAGGCUUUGCUUCUGGGGUGGCCAAGCGGUGUUUGCCCCGCCGGAGUAGCCCCCCUUGGAGAUGACAAGCCGGGCAGCGGGGUGGGCACGCGGCUCGCGCCGGCCCCGCACCCGGCUCUACAGGCUGCACCGGGGCCAGUUUGAAUGAGGGGGUGAAAAACCCACAUCUCGCGGGGUUGCAAGCGUCUGCCUGAAAAGCCAACACCAGCAGCCUUGUAUCCCCAGAGGGAAGGAGACUUUUUAAAAAAAUCCACUGAAAAUGAAUCUGGAAGACGGGACUAGGUGCGUGAGGGGUGCGGUGGAAAGCCUGCCUGUGAGUGCUUCUCAACGGGGAUCUCUGCCCGGUGCUGCCCGAGCGGGCUCCGUGCGGCGGCAGUGGCCUUGGGGAAGGGCGCAGGGGGCUUCAUUUACGACCGCAGCUGGUUCAAGCCCUAUGAACUGGGCAGCUCUGUCCUCAUGCUGUGCCUGAGUGCUUCUCCCAGCUUCUCUGGUUGCUAGGGGGCUGGACUUCCUGCUUCAAAUUAGCCCUUAAAGUUCACAUGAUUACUUGAGACCUUUCAAUAAAACGGGAGACAAAGAGCUUGGGAGGCCAAGAGGAACAGAUUUGCUGGCUGGCUUUUUACAUCGGUUUCCUGGCUGGCUUUUAUGGCAGUGCAAUCUAGAGAUCUCAGCUCACACAGUAGAAGUGAAGAAAAGGCAACAAAACUUUCAGCAAAUGAAGGGCAGAAACAUUGGUCAACUGUUGAAGAUUGUAUUGUGGAUUUGAGCUAUAAUACCCUCUGUCCUCAUGCCUACAGCCUUGAGAACAUGACAACAUUUCAGAAUGGCUGCAGAAAUGGAACCACUAUUACCUGUAUAGUUAUGGAAAAUAAAGAACCAAGAAGUAUAACUAGCUCGUCCUGUCACAAUGGGGAAUGCAUUACCAGCAACAAUCAUGAAGAGGAAAUACAAGAUGACAAAGUCAGCCCUUCAAAGCUCAUGCGCUUUUUCUCUACCCCAAGGGAACAAACUAACUCAAAUUCGGAAAGGCCUCGCUCUCUGAUUGUGAUGGGCAACUCCUCGACAUGGAAUGCUUUGUCUUCCCUUAGAAAAAUGGGAUCUUUCAAGAAAUUAAAAUCUUCAGUUCUUCAAGGAAUUCAGGCUAGGGAAAACGUGGAUCUCUUAAAUGAAAACACUGUGGGAAAACAUGUCUCAAAUGGUGCAGUGGUGAGAGUUCAUACUAACAGGUAUUCUUAUUCAGGGCCUUUGCAUGAUUUACAGAAUUCAGUGGAUGGUUUAGCUUCUGAUUGUUCUGACAUUGAGGAAAGCGAUGAUUCCUUCCUGAGGAAUACUCAUCGAUCACGCAGCAUCCGACGUGCUUAUGGUGUUGGCCGUAUAAAUUUACUAGACACUGAUAAAAUUCAGUCUCACCAGAACUGCAUCCAGCCAACCUCUCCUGUCAUGCAUGAACCAAAGAUCUGUGAAAUCUUCGUGAAAGAUCCUGAAAACAACAGGAUCAUCUACAGGAGGAGUAAAAGUACAGAUAACUUAAACUUUUUGAAAAAAAGUUCAUUCAAACGGAAGUCCACCACAAACCUUACUGACCUCAAGGUGGCAAGUGACAAACAGAUGCCACAACGGACAGUAAGCAUGUCUUCGGCUGACUCGGACAAAGUCAAUGGAAACCCAGAGAGAAGGUCCAAACGCUGGAAGAGCCCUAUCAGGGCGAAAGAUUUUGACAGAGUUUUGAAACUUGUAAGCAAUGUUACUGAAGUGGCAUGGAAAAAAGAUGGUCCUAAGAGCACAACUCCUCCUCCUUCCAGUGAACAAACCCAGAGGACAAGGCCAAACAGCAGACUACAUGAUGACUAUUCCCGCAGAGUUUCAAGAAGCACUGAGAAUGACAGAAGGAGGUAUAUAUCACCCAUGUCCAGUCCUGAAUCUACCUUUUCUGGACCUCCUUAUUUCCACAGCCCAACUGUUUCUCAGGAUACAGACACUGAAACAAGUGAUCUUACUGUUGAAGCCAAAAGCCUUGGGACCUCCUUGGGUGUCCUUGAGGCUGUUAGUUCAUCACCUACUUUAAAUGACCAUAGUCCACUUCCUAACGAAGUGUUUUAUGUGGACCCUGAACCAAAAAAUACCAGCCAGUUUACAUUUGAAUCCGAGCAGCUUAGUGCCCCUGUUAGGCCUACUGCUCCUAAACCUCAGAGCCCUAGUACUGAGAAGGUCAAGUGCAAUAGUAACUUCCAUUGUCCAAAUCAUCACAGCACAUUAUCACUGAGCUCAAUGGAAAGUGAGGAAAGAUCUGAGAUGCCUGCACCCAAGUUGGGGAGAAAUCCUGUUUGCUUCCAGGACUCAGUACAGACUAUGUAUUAUGAUGAUGGAAAUGAAGACAGUGGCAUCAGCAGCCACUCUCAGCUGAGCCUCAAUUUAGCUUCUGGCACGGAAGAAAAAAAGGAAGAGGUUGUUUCUGAUGACCCCUGGAAGAGGUCACCAUCCCAGGAUGAAGAAAAGACAGAGUCACAAAAGGUCAUGCCUAGGAGAGGGGGCUCUGGGAAAAGAACUCGGCCAAGGCCUCUCUCAGACUAUGGUCAAUUGGCCAUCAGGAGUUUCUCAAUACCAGAAGAUUCCAUUGCUAUGGAGUCUCAGAAAACAGACUGUGUUGAUGGUGAACGGCUGUCUGGAUUGGCUUCGGUUGAGUCUACAGUCCAAAGCAGUACAGGAGGCUACCAAAGAGGACGCAAAAGAAGACCCAUCUCUGUAAUAGGUGGGGUCAGUUUCUAUGGGAGCAGCCAAACAGAAGAAAUAGAAGGUCUGCUGACACAACCAGUAACACGGCCACCUGUACCAGCACACCAGGUUCCCCCAUAUAAAGCUGUUUCAGCCAGGUUUCGGCCCUUCACCUUUUCACAAAGCACCCCUAUUGGCCUGGAUCGAGUUGGACGAAGGCAGCAAAUGAGAACAUUUAAUGUUGCUGCAGAUGGUGGGACUGAAUCUUCUGCCUUAGCUGAUGACAAUGGUAGUGAGGAGGAUUACAGUUAUGAGGAACUCUGCCAAACAGGCCCUCGAUACCGGCAGCCUGGAGGGGAACAGCUAGCAAUUAAUGAGCUGAUAAGUGAUGGCACUAUGGUCUAUGCAGAAGCACUUUGGGACCAUGUGACUAUGGAUGAUCAAGAGCUAGGUUUUAAAGCUGGAGAUGUCAUCAGAGUUCUUGAAGCUUCCAACAAAGACUGGUGGUGGGGAAGAAAUGAAGACAAGGAAGCCUGGUUUCCAGCUAGCUUUGUCAGGCUGCGAGUUAAUCAGGAAGAGCUUCCAGAGAAUUGUGGUAGCAUUCAGGAUGAAGAGCAAGAUGCAGACAUUAGUAAACACCGCCAAAAAAUUGCUGAAAACAAGGAUCAGAUGAGAACCAAUGUUAUCCAGGAAAUAAUGAACACGGAGCGAGUCUAUAUCAAACAUCUCAAGGAUAUCUGUGAGGGAUAUAUUCGCCAGUGCCGUAAGCAUACCGGAAUGUUCACUACGGCUCAGUUAUCCACGAUAUUUGGAAACAUUGAAGAUAUUUACAAAUUCCAAAGAAAGUUUUUGAAGGAUCUUGAGAAGCAGUACAACAAAGAAGAGCCUCAUUUAAGUGAAAUAGGGUCAUGCUUUCUCUACCAUCAAGAAGGUUUUGCCAUUUAUUCAGAGUAUUGCAACAAUCAUCCCAGUGCCUGCGUUGAGCUUUCCAACCUAAUGAAACAAGGCAAAUACCGCCACUUCUUCGAGGCCUGUCGCCUGCUUCAGCAGAUGAUUGAUAUUGCUAUUGAUGGUUUUCUUUUAACACCAGUUCAGAAAAUCUGCAAGUACCCUCUUCAGCUUGCAGAAUUACUCAAGUAUACUACCCAAGAGCACAGUGAUUAUAACGAUAUAAAGGCAGCAUACGAAGCCAUGAAGAAUGUAGCAUGCCUGAUCAAUGAGCGUAAGCGAAGACUGGAAAGCAUAGACAAGAUUGCACGUUGGCAGGUCUCUAUUGUUGACUGGGAGGGGGCAGAUGUUUUAGCCAGAAGCUCAGAACUAAUCCACUCAGGAGAACUGACCAAAAUGUUAAAGCAAGGCAAAAGCCAGCAGAGAACUUUCUUCCUUUUUGACCAUCAGCUUGUGUUUUGUAAGAAGGACCUAUUGAGAAGGGACAUAUUAUACUAUAAGGGGCGGAUUGAUAUGGAUGAGAUGGAACUUGUGGAUGCUGAGGAUGGCAAAGACAAGGACUUCAACAUUUCUGUGAAGAAUGCUUUUAAAAUUAUAAAUAGAGCAACAGAUGAAGUUCAUUUCUUCUGUGCAAAAAAACAGGAGGAUAAGAAAAGGUGGAUGGAAGCAUGUGAAAAUGAAAGGAGAAGAGUGCAGGAAGACAAAGAAAUGGGAAUGGAAAUUUCAGAAAAUCAGAAGAAGCAAGCCAUGCAAAAUGCCCGAAAGUCAAGGCAUGGGAAAAUUAAAGGAGUAAGUUAUAAUGGGUGCCCCAUGCCACCUCCACACCAGAGUUUACACCCUAUCCAUCAGCGCCACAUCACCGUGCCUACCAGCAUUCCACAACAGCAGGUUUUUGCCCUGGCAGAACCCAAGCGCAAGCCAUCCCUCUGGCAUACCAUCAAUAAAUUUACUCCAUUCAAGAAAUGAGAGGACUAAAAUCUUUGAAAGGACAGCAGCUGAAGCAGAGAUGUUUCCCUGAGAAGAAUCUUUGGGAUGUUGCUGAACUUAUUGGAUCUCAGUGAAUUCUCAGUUUUGGAAGGAAACACUUCGGCUCCCCUUAGCCCUGAAUAUCACCCUUGUCUGGAAGGAAAAUGAAGUUCCUGAGCUUCCAUGAUGAAGAACCGAGGUUGUUCUGAAGUAAACACUGACCUGUCAGUAAGCAUUGCUAAUGAGGAGCAAAUCCUUUUGUGACAGAGACAGAUUGCUACUAGUCUCUAGCAGCAGCAUUUGAUCAUUCUUUUAGUUGUAUUGGAUUAAUGGUAGAAUCAUUGAGGUCAUUUUAACAUUUCAGUUUUCUUAACACUGAAAUAAUGGCCAAAUUUAAGUUAGGACAUUUUUUUUCCCUCAGGGCAUAUUUGCAAGGAACUUGGGGAUUUUUCUCCUUCCUUUUGGAGCACAGAGCAGGAAUUGGGAUCAGGUGAGUGAAUCCCAUGUAGUUUAACUUUUGCUAUGGUUGCUGAAUUUGAUGGACUGAUCUCCUGUUUUUUUCAAUUUUUCUAUAAAAUUGCCAAAUUGGCAGAAGACAGUUCUGCAAGGCCUUAUUAUUUUUUAGGUUGGAGCAGGGGAUUUUUUUUUACUAUCAACUAUAGAAACCUGAACAGAAUAUAAUGUAAAAUAGAUUACAAAGAUUUAUGCAUUAACUGCAUAGGAGGAGUGAAGAGGAAUGGCCCACUGUUUCUUUGGGUGAUUCUUUUCAGUUAGCGUACUAUACUGUUUGCAUGUCUGCACUUCAGUAUAAGAAAUUAUUUCAUUACUUGCCCACACUUCUUAUCCUGUGAGACUCUCCUCUAUGCUUGUAAUAAGUCUGUAUGUUUUCAGUAUAAAAACUAAAGUGUUUUUUAAAUGUUGAUAAUGUGAACAAGGAAAAAAUGCAACAUGAAGAAAUCGUGUAAAACUACUGGCACUCUAUAGAUAGCUUUUGUUAUAUUAUUCUCAUACACUGAACUCCUCAUUUAUACAGUUUCAUCUGGAAAAUAUAUGAACUGUAACUAAAACAUCCAUUAAGUUUCUGAAGCAGUCUUUGAUUCUGUGCUUUUUACACAUCGAUCAAGUGACCGUGGGUUUCAAAGGAUUAUUUCUUCACAUCUAAAAAGAUGACACCACCAUUAUGACAAAAGCAGUUGGUAAAAUCAGAAAUGACUUUGACUGAAAACCAUCAAUUUCUGUUGGAAGAGAAGGACCCAUUUUGCCUAACAUCAGCUGUGGCCAGUUUGCAUUUCCCUGAUUUGCUUUGUUUUCCUUGUGACAUGAAGUUGAUUUAGAAGAAUACCUAUACAAAAAGUCCCCUAUGAGAAAACAGGACUUGACAUUUGUAGCACUGUUAUUUUUUCUCAUUAAAAAUUCUCAAUGUUGAUGAGAGUUGGUAACAAGUAUGGUGGGGACAACAUAUCCUGUAGGUUUCAGAAUUGAUUUUUAAAGGAUUUCUUUAAAAAAAAUUACCCUUGCAAAAGUUUUGCUGCUGAAUCAGGGGCAUUAUUUGAUGAUAAAUGUAGAUUCAGGAGUGUUCUUUAACUAUAGAUAGCCUGCUUUGUUAUGAAUCGAUAAAAAUAAAUGAUGAACAAACAAUAGGCUAGUGAUUGGGCAUUUUAAAACAUUUUUAAAAAAACCCUUAUUUUAAACAUUUGUUUUUUCACCUCUCUGUUGUUACCCUCUGCAUUUUUAUUUAUAGCCAGUAUUCUAUAGCCCAGGCAUUUGAAGGCUGCUUGAUUUAAUAAGUGUGUGGCAGUUUCUAAAAGUAUAAAAGACCUUAAUGAAGAUGUAUACCAGUACAUGUUUGUCAAUAAAUGUAUUUAAAGAACACAUCCACCUCAAUUUUAGAUGGACAUAUGUACAAGCUUUUUACUAACAAGUGGUUUUAAUUUUAAAUGAUAUGGUUUUUGAAAAUUGUACCUUUUGAAAUGCCUUGUGUACAUAGCUCAGCAUUGUAACUGUGAAGUUUGGUGAUACUCAUCUGAAUUAUUUGCUGUGUGGUGAACCUUAUUUCUUCUGCUUUCUCAUAUUGAUCAUUGAAAAACAGCCUGAAAUAUUUGAAAAUUGAAUUAUUCACUAAUGAUUUCUUGUUAUCAAUUAUUCAUCUUAAAGACUGGGCAAGAAAGUUGUUGAUACAGUUAUCUGGGUUGUUUGAGUUUUUUUCCUUUUCAGUGUUCAAAACAAGCUUUCUCUUGUCAGAUAUUUUUAAAAAUAACUCUGAAUGCUUUAUGUAAAUGUAAGAAAUACAUUUUCAGAUGAAGGCACAGUAGCUUGUCCUUGCCCAAAAAUGGGUAGCUCUGUUGUGUUUCUAGGUGCCCUUUUUCUGGUCAGUUGUCAAGUACAUAUAUAAAAAUGAAAGUUGUAUAUAUGUAGUGGGUAUACAGACGUAUUAGAAGACACCACUUCACACUGAAAAAAAUUGUUCUAGGUACAAGAAAAACCUAAGAGUUUGGACAACACUGCACUCAACCCAGGUUUCUAUGUGGGAUAAUUCUGAAGAAUUUGUAAGAACCAUCUCUGAUUGUGUAUUUGUCAAAGAUAAAAUCUACUCCACACCAAGAAGCUGGUUCCUGUGGCAGUUUAUAGAAGCAAAAUAGGUUUCUAGAUGGAUUUACUGACGUAAAAGUCAAUACCCACGAAAGUUCUUCGUGCACUGCAGUGCUGGUGCCUUUACCUUGGGAAUGAAUAGUAUGGCAUGUCUGUGUUUUUGCAUGCUCUAAGUUCCCUUCUGCAAAAGAAUUUAAUUCAUUUCAAGAAGAUGAAAAACAAAGUAUUUUGUCACAUAGAUUACUCAGGACAGUUUUAUGCAUGGUACCUUACAUAUAGAAGUGGUUUUGUUGCCAUCUUUUAUGCAUCUUUCUUUGCAGUCUAAUCUUCCACCAAAUGAAAAAGACCAAUAUGACAUGUUUGAGUGCAUUUUAUUAGCUCAUUUAUUUAUAUGUGGUUUAGGAAUGUGCUGACUUGGCAGGAAGUUUGGUGAAAUAUAACAAAACAGACCAAAUCUAGAUUCCAUUGCAGUUUUUUUCUUUUAACAAAUCAUAGUUAAAUUAAAACACAACGAUGUUAUCCACCAGUCAAAACAAAUAUUAACCAAGAAGACCCAAAUGAUUGUAGAGUUUAGAGGAAACAACUAUUAAUUAAAUGUAAUGGUUAACUGCUUUAUCAAAACUUCCCUUGAACUGAAUCUCAAGUUGCUGUCAUAACUCUGAUGAAGAAACAACUUUUUAUUUGCAUAGCAACACAAAAAUCAGAAUUCAGUGGACAUUACUUUUCUCUCAUUUUUGUGAGAUUAAGUUAUUUUAUCAUGUUCUAGGGUCAUCACUAAGUACAUCACUGUGCCUGAUUAAAGUAAAGCUCAGCCUGACAAGAGCAUUUCUUAUUGCUUAUUGAGCAGAUAACCUCAGACUUUAAUGCAUGAAAAGUCAGUAAAGUAUAAUCUUUGUCCAAUGUUUUCCUUAAGUUAGGAUAACACCAAACAAUAGUUUCAUCUGACUUCGAGCUUUGAUCAAACUAUUUGAUCAAAAUAAUAAGACUGUUUUACAAGUGGCUUUUGCCAUGCUAAAUUUUAUACUAAUAUAUGACAGUCAAAUAUAGUAAAGGAGAUUAAAGGUAGCACACUCUACUAUUACAUGUUUUUAGUUCUUUUUUAAAAUGAUCAUAGCUUAGAGUUAGAGUUUUAGAGCCAAAGGUUCUUAGCCAUAACAAAUACUGUACCUUUCAUUGGCUGCCUUUCUCUCUUUCCUACGUGCGGCAUUUGUAUGCAGGAGAUGCCUUCUGAGUGCUAUCUAAUUUAAGACUAUUUGUUGUAAAUAUUAGGGAUGACUUGCUUAUAUUUUAUUUUGACAAGUGUUUUUGUAACAUUUUAUCUUAUGUACAUGCUUUGUGCAUCUUACCAUCUGUGGGCUGUUACACAUGUUGUAAAUCAAGUGUGAUGGCUACAGAAUGUGACUUGGCUGUUGACAGCUGAAGUACAAUGUAUAGGACUGCAGUAACUUGAAGUAUAUUUGUUCAGAAAUAAUUGUGUUGCCAGAUUUAUUUACUUUCAGUACAUUGUAAAUGAAUCUUUUCUGGAAAUGAAUACAAACCUACAUUCCUAUUAUUUUGCUCUUAUUGUACAUGUUUUAAUUACAUGAUAUACAAAGCUGAAGUUCUUCCGCUGUGUCUUAUAAAAUUUAUUGUGGAACAGUU